AUGUUCUCCGCCAUUGGCCUGUUCAAGGGAAUACCAUGUCCUCGGCAACAUGAAUGUACACUUCCAAGCUGCUUCUUUCUGCAUAACCCAUCUCCAUCAUCUGCAAAUGCGGAGGCAGUUGCCACAGCGGCCCAGGAAUAUGAUCCGUUCAGUGCAGGGGAGAUCAGUGCUCCUCCUCUCAAAAGAAGAAGGCUAGCAUCACCACAGCAUGCAGGAGAGAAAAAUGCCACAGUGCUAUUCGACCUGGACACGAAUCCGCCAAAGCCUCAAACUCUGACUAAGGCCACACUGGGGGCCACAAACUCGUCCACCAAGAAGGGGAACAAUGGCAACAACGGCGAAGCUUCAUCGCCAGUUCGGGUUCUCAAGGCACAAUCAACGAUGAAAACAAUACCUCCCUCAAUUGCUAGGAAGGUUUCACCACCGCCAACAAGAGAAAACAAGACCCUCGUUGCCCCAGUUGCAAGGAAAGUGGUCAAAGUCGAGUCUCUGACACCCCGGAAUGUGGCGAAGGCUCCAGCUGUAUGGAAGACGAGGUUGGCAGUCCUACAGAAGUUGCACGAACAGCUCCAAGCUCAGAAUGAAAAGCUUGCAGCAACCGGGGAGAAAUGGAAGCCCCUGAUAUUGGACAAGCAGGAGUUGAUUACUUUUGCUCUCGAUGAGGAGGAGGCCGCCACGAAGCUCGGGGAGAACAUUUACAAGAACGCCAUGGCUCAAAAAGUACUGAGGAUCAAGAAGAUGACGACAGAGGAAUGGGUCAAGGCCGUGGCAGACUGGACAGGCACGUCUGCGCAAGUUCGCCCACGGCAAAAGUCUGAUGGCGACGCCUUGAGACCGUUUCCUCCUAGUCUAUCGUCUACAAGGGAACAGAUCGCUGUACUCAGGCAUCUACGCACUCCACUCGAGGGUCUUGAGCAGUUUGGGUACGUCACGAGCAAGCCCACUGCGAGCGAGAUCGCUUCUGCCAAGGCAGCGAUAGCAGCCGGGGCGGGCUUCGAGAGCUGCGAUCGGUGUGGUACACGAUUCCAGGUCUUUCCAGGCCGGGAUGAUGGUGGUCGUCUUACAAGCAAGGGCAAAUGUCGAUAUCAUUGGGCCAGAGCCGGUCGCUCGGCUCCGCAGAAGACUGACAAGAUCAUGGGGCAAUCCGAAGCCAUCUACCCGUGUUGCAACAAAGUCCAAGGCAGUGAAGGCUGCUCUGAGGCCGAAACGCAUGUUUACAGUGUCAAGGAUCCCAAAAGACUCGCCGCGAUUCUGCAGUUCGAGCAUACUCCAGACAAGCCGGACAUACGUGGCUUACCGCCAAUUUCCUUCGAUUGUGAAAUGGGAUAUACGACACUUGGGAUGGAGGUUAUUCGGGUGACUGCCGUCUCGUGGCCUGAAGGGAGACUUGUGCUAGACAUCUUGGUACGACCAUUCGGAGAAAUUCUCGAUCUGAAUACAAGAUUCUCGGGUGUGACACAGCAAGCUUUCGCCAAUGCGCUGCCAUACGAAAUUACAGCGUCUGACAAGGGGGAGGCGGCUGAAGGAGUCGGGUCUGAGGAGGCCUUUGGGCUUCACAAAGUCGCAUCACCUGCAGUGGCGAGGCAGCUGCUCUUCGACCGCCUGAGUCCAAACACUCCCCUAAUCGGCCAUGCCAUUGAGAAUGAUCUGAACGUAUGUCGAAUCAUCCACCCAUUCAUCAUCGACACCGCCCUCCUGUACCCCCACCCACGGGGCUUGCCCUUCAAGUAUGGGCUCAAAAUGCUGAGCCAGAAGCACCUCUCGAGAGGAAUACAAACUGGCGGCGAGGCUGGCCAUGAUUCCAAAGAGGACGCCAUUGCGACGGGCGAUCUCGUCACCAAGAAAGUGGUGGAGAAGUGGAGCGUUAUGCAGCAUGAAGGUUGGGCGUUUGUGGAUGGGAUGUUGAUGGCACCAGAGGAAAAGGGGAGGGGUGAGGCAGUCCGGCAGUCCAUGCUCUGA